GCCAUCAAAUCAGACAGGUGGCGCAAUGUUCGGCGCAGGUGGAAAUGAUAAUCAAGACGGAGAGGAUGUUGUCGGCGAUUCUCUGGGAUAAUUCUGUUUGUUUCGUUUAUUAUUGUUUAAUAUAAUACGGCAAGAUGACGUCCAACGAAAGACUCGAUAUCGGUAUGUAUAGCGAUGAUAUAAAAAGUAAAACUUUAGGCCGUAUUAAGGGCCAUCAACGUAAUAAUAAUAAUAAUAAUAAUAAACCUACGAUUGUCAACAUUCAACGUUCGAUGUUCACCAUGAGUUUUCGGAGGAAGGAGAGGAGAAAUUCAUUAAAAAAGGAAGAAAUUAGAAACGAAGAGAACCAUCGUCAUGUACAGAAACCGAAGAAGGAACAGAUAGGAUUUUUUAAUCGUCUCAUAAGACAAUUAUCGAGUACACGCAAGAGCAAUACGAAAUCGAGGAACAGUUCGGAGAUGAAACAACACUUUAAAUCGGCAUCAAACGCCGAUAUAAGGUCUCAGAUAUCCUCCAUCGACACUACAGAAAACCAAGAGAUGUUCAGGAACAGAACACCGGCUGUUUGCGGUAUCCAUAAUCACGGUAACACAUGCUUUAUGAAUGCCAUUGUACAGUGCCUGAGUAACACGGAUCCCUUGGCGGAAUACCUGGUCAUGGACCAGUACAAGGUGGACAUGAGAAGGAAUAAGGUGCACGGUAAGAAGUACGGCACCAAGGGAGUGGUGACCGAACGCUUGGCCGCCCUCCUGAAGGGCCUGUGGUCCUGUCAGUACGUUCCCGAAAUCUCUCAGACUUUUAAGAAUUCCGUCGCCAAGUUCGGAAGCCAGUACGAAGGUAGCAAUCAGCACGACGCUCAAGAAUUCCUUCUGUGGUUGUUGGAUAAGGUGCACGAAGAUUUGAAUACGGCUACUAAAAAGACUUACAAGAAGCCGAAGGUAAGGGAAGUAAUUUUUGAUAAAUUUGCUUUUUUUUUUUUUGUACACGAAUGUUUUAACAUUUUAUACACACGAACACAAUAGAAAUUGUGGGAGAAAAAUAGCAAAUUAUUUGUUUUGUUUUUCUGUCAAAUUUCAUUUGAGAAAUGGUGUUUACGGACAGCGAUAAGCAAAGAUCUUUGGAAUAAUCCAUAAAAAUUAUGAAAUAAGUGCAAGGUGUAACUAGAUAAUUAGAUUCUGAGCUAUUCAAGGUAUUUAAUUUUUAGUAUUUGUGUUAUUGAGCAAUCUAUAAUAUCAGAUUUGCAUUUUAUAGCUAUUUUAAAUUCCUAUCAAUUGAAUCACUUAUAUAAAAAUGUGAAAAUUUGAAGCGCAAAGUAUAAAAUAUCACCAAAACCGUUUUGUUUGUUUAUACAAAAAAACUAAUCAGAAAUUUCCAUUGCCUAUUAUUAUUAGGAACGAACGUGCAUAAGGAUCAAUUUCAAAUUUUAUUUUUAACAAAACUAAAUUUAUUCCACUUUGCAGCAAUGUUAAAUUACCUUUGUGUAACACAAAACUUGUACCGAACAUUUAGGAGAAAUACUUGGGGAAGACGGAGUUAAACAGUAAUUAAAUGUAAACAGUUGCGCAAAUAUUUAAGUUCAUUGUAGGAGCAUGCCAGUUUUUUUUUUACAACUGCAUCUUUUAAGCUGUCAGAAAUUUAUUUUGUGUGUCUAAAUGCAUGUAUAAAAAGGAAAAUUCUUCAAGUUAAUUGAAUUAAUAAUUCAUUUUCUUGUAUUAGAAGAUUAUGCUGAUAUCAUGGAGUGUAUUUUUUUAGUGUGUGUUUAGAUGUUUGUAACUACACAUAAAAAGGAGAGAUUAUUUAUAGUUGAUCAGUAACAAAUUAUUUUAUUAAAUUAUUUGUAAAGUGUGGCUUGUUAUAUACAAAAUAAGAAUAUAUAAUUAUUCAGAAUAAUAUUUUUUGAAGGGGAAAAAAAUAUGUAUUUUGUAGCAAAGGUGUUUAGAAUGGCAUGAACAUUUCUGCUGUUUGAUUUCUUUUUUGUUUUUUUUUAAAUACAUAAAAAGAGUGAGAAUGAGAGGAUGAUUAUUCGGGACGAUGAAUUUAAUUACUUGUGAAAUAUUUGCCUUUAAAUAUUAUAUAAAGACAGGCCAAUUUUUUAGAAUGGACAAUUUUUAGAAGUCAUAAAAUAUGUUCAGAAACAAAAGGAAGAGUUGCCAAGAUAAUGGGUUAUUUGUAAAAAUUAUUAUUAUAAUGAUGAUGAAAUGAUCUGUAAUGAAAUUGAUGAUAAUCUGUGAAUUUUCUAUAAGUAAAAAAGCCAGUUUAUCUACUAAAAAAAAGCAUUCAUAAGAGGAUGAUUGAGAUGUUUUAGUUACUUUGUUAUUCAUAGAAACAUGAAAAUUGUUUAGAAUGGUAUUUUUAGAUGCCAAGAAAAAAAAAAAUAUUCCCUUUUACUGUAAUUUAAAAUAGAGAAGAAGAAGUUCAAGAUUUAAUUAAAUUUAUUAUUGUUUACUCAUUUUAUGUAUUUAAAAAUGUGUUCAAGAAGAAAAGAUCUCUGCAACACCAUGAAUGAAUUACAAGCAAAAAGAAAUGUUCAGGUAUUUAGAAUCACGUGAGGAUUUUUGCCGUGUGAUAUUUUUUUUUUUUUUUUGUUUUUUCGAUUGUCAAAAGUCAUCGAAAAAUUACCAUUGCAAUAUCAGUUUCCGCUGUCGUCUUUUGUCAAACACCGGAUGUAGCGGACGUCACCGCUGACGUCGACUCUCCAUCAGACGGCACAUCUCGUAUACCAUUGUGUUUCGACAGGAUAAAUGACAUCACAUAUACAUGCACGGGAUUCGUACGUCACAUUCAAAGGCUGCGCGCUGUUUUCUAAUUUUUUUUUCUUUUUUUUUCUGCGCCAGAAUACAGAACGUAGCCAUUUUUAUAUUGUCGUUUCCACUAUCCUGCGUGACCUAAAAAUAUAUAAACACAUACACAGAUAAGUCACGUGAUGCUUGGGAAUGUCAUUUAGUUUUAUUGGCUUGUUUUCGUUAAAAUAUUCGAAUUUCGCAAUCCUCUUAAUUCUUAUCGCCAUUUUUCCCCCCCUCUCUUCGUUUACGAUCGGUAGCAAGGCCACUCGGCAAUCGUUGGUGUAGCGUGUUUGAUUAACCUUUAUCGUAACGUUAUAGGCGUUUGCAGGGAUGCCUCGUCAAUUUACGUGUUAAAUCAGUUAAAGGAUUAUCCAAAAUAUGUAUUUGUACGGCUUCCUUGGCGUAAAACGCCGUUACGCUUCCUUGCAACCCGGCGCUCCUAACUUAAUACAUUAAAACGCGCCGCCAUCUUGCUUAUUUAAAUUUGUAAUUUCUUUUCUGAAUUGAUUACUUGUUAUAUUUAUAUCGAGUUUAAGGGUAUUUUUAAAUGUAAGGAUUAUAUUUUAAGGAUGUUACGGCUGGAGAGGUUUUUUUUUUAUUUCCUAUUUAUUAUCCUGUAAUAAAAUGCAAGAGGCCAACUUCUUUUAAAAGAGCCAUUAAGAACUUAACAAGAUUGCAUUUUAUUUAUUUUUAUUUUUAUCUCGUACCUUUCUAGCAUUGACAUCAUUUUAUGUUUCAACAGUAGAUAAUUAAUGGGUACACGUAAAGGUGUUGUCAAUGGUGCUGCGAUAGAUUAUUUUUAGUCGAAUUCGAUUUGAUUGAACUGACAAUAAGUGGUAGAGGUGAAUGUUAUUUAGGUCAGGUGAAGUUUUUGUUGUAAAAUAACUGUCGUGCAGCGUUACAAAAUCCCUAAUGAGAUACAUUCUAGUGGAUCUUUAAUGCCGUUUUGUUUAUUUUUAUUUGAUCUUUUUCCGGUUUUUGCGUGAAUUAAAUGUCCGAAAAUUAAAUUAAUUUUUUUCUUUUUAAAGUCAGGGAAGCUUAAAGACGAGUAUUUUCACCAAUUCACUGAUUACAUUCAGCAUAACUUUUUAUUAAUUCCCUCAAAUUCACAUAAAAUAUCAGCAUUUCUACAAGACAUUUUAAUCAAAAACUACCUUAUUAUUUGAAGAAAAAAAAUGUUAAAAUUUGUAUAAGUUAAUUCUAUGAAUGGGUAAAUUAGAGAAUAUUUUGAGAGACUGAUCAUCGAAUGCCAAUUAUUCGUAACUGAGUCCAUUCUUCCUUAUUGCAGCCUACUUGCACUAAAAGCUUCGUGUAGUGUUUAAUGUAAAUAGGUUAUAUAUAACCAGGAAGAGGAUUGCUACGGUUAAAGAGACGAAGGAAUUGCUCGCAUCUAAUAACAAUCUACAAAGUUAAUUAAAUGGAUCAGUGUAAGGCAUUGUCUGGAAGACUUGUUUGAGCAGUUUAACUCGCUUUUUUUAGUCCCGGUCGACCCUUAUCAAGCUUUUACACGAACAUCGUGCCAUCACGUUUGUAUGGACGGUAAAGUUUUCUAUCCCCUGUUACGCGUGGUUCGACCGUAUUCCACUUACUGUAUAUCGUUCGUUAUCUAGUUUCGAGGAUAUUCACUUUUUUAUGUACGGAGUUCUCGCUUUACGACCGCUCUUACAAGUGUAAAUCUUCUUUUACUGCCGUGUUUUUUUCACCUUGGUCGUUACCAUGUUUGGUAUUAUACAGGGUGGGCCAAAAUUAGUCAUAUAUUAGCUAGCAUACAAGAGAGAGAUGCCAUCUGUUCGAUUGAGAUACUACUAAACACAACUGUCUGUACCUUUAUAUACGUUAAAACUUGUCUAACACGGAACCCGAAUAAUGAGGAAACCUGCCUAAAUGGAAAGAAACAUUCGGAACGAAUCGAUUUUCUAUUGAAAAUGGAAACCUGCUAAGCCGGGAAAAAUAUUCUAUAUAGUACCAUCCGGCUUACACAGGUUUUACUGUACUUAUUUUCUACAUACUAUAUGCUGACUAACUUCUAACUGUAUAUCUACUUUUGGCCCACCCCGUAUAAUUAAAAAUAUUUGUAGGAAUGUAAUUUUCCUUGACGACAGCUUACACAAACAUGUCUUCGCUUUACGAAGGCUCUUCAGGAACCGAUUAGUUCGUAAAAUCGGGGUCUAAUUUACAUAUUUUUAACGCAGGAAACCAAUUUUUUUUAACAUAUCCUUCUCCCGAAAACUGCGGAUAUAUUUUUUGAAAAUUCUCUUAUUUACAGUUAUAAAAAUUGAUACGUCUUUGCUGUAUCACUGGACCAUACUUUCUAAUGUAAAUAAAUUGAUUUUUAGCCAUUUAUUUACUCUUUUUCUAAACAGGAAAAAUAAAUAUGUAAUAUCCAGGAUUAUGUGUUUAUUUUUCCGCUUCACUGAGAUCAUCGGGACGUCUUAAAAUAUUCAAAUUUUCUUUGUUUGACUGUACAGCCGUGUUUUAAAAAUGUAUGACACCUACAAACAAAUUUCGAAAAUGAAUCAUUCAUUUGUAGAUUUUGUCAAUGAUAUAAGUAUAAAAACGGCCCAAAAUUAUACUCAGAUUAAUGCCAAAGGCGUGGGUUCGGAUCUUAAUCCAAAAUAUUUUUAGCUAUUUUGUAUUUUAUAUAUUUACUUUGGUUGAAAUUGUUAAUAAAGGAAAUAAGAUUAAUAUGCUGAAGAUAUGGGUUCUAACCUCAGUUAACAUGUAGGGGAGACCGGGGCAAGAUCGGCAUGUUAAGCUUUACUUAAAUUUUGUGUAAUAAAUACUGCUGUAAACUGAAAAAAAAGCUUUGCAUAUUGUCUAUUGGAAUGUUACCU